AUGAAGAAUAUUCUUCAAGAUAUGGAUUCCAAGGAGCUGGAAAAUGACGUCCUAGAAGCAUUAUACCCUGAGACACAAAUCCUAGAAAAUAAUGAAGUUUGGUCUGAACAAAGAUGUCAUGUUUGUGGUGAAACAUUUCCUGAUAAACAAACAAAACAAAUUCAUAUGAGAGAAACUCACUCUGGAUCUUUUAUCUGUUCUGUUUGCGGAAAAACUUUUUCUCAAAGAAGUGGACUCUCGCAUCACUUGCCUAUGCAUUCUGAUGUGAAAUCGUUUCAUUGUAAUGUUUGUGGAAAAGCUUUUAGACAGCGCAGCGGCCUCACACAUCACAAACAGACUCAUUCGGAAGUUAAGUCAUUCAGUUGUGAAAUAUGUGGUAAGUUAUUUGCUCAGCGUAGUGGUGUCAUUCAUCAUAAGUCAACACAUUUAGCUAUUAAAAGCUUUUCAUGUGUUGUAUGUGGAAAAAGUUUUGCCCAGCGAAGUGGAUUAGCCCAUCAUAAAAACACACAUGUGAAAAAGAUGAAUCUCAUUUCAAAAUAA